AUGGAUAUGGAAGAAAGUGCUGAAGAAAGCAUUGCAACUGGUGAACAAUAUGAAGAAGAAGUCAUACCCAAAGUCAUUACUGAUGAAGUGUUUGAAGAGGUCACUGGAAAAAUCAGUGCAGUCAUCCGUGAUCUGCAGAACUCUAAGCAAUAUCUUAUAGUUGAAGAUGUUCAAAAACUUCUUCUCGUCUGUCAAAACUUACGACAAAAUAUCUUUGAUGAGAAAGAUAAAAUUGAACAAAUGAAAGGUGAAGUUUUAUCAUCACAACAAAAGGUACAAAAUGUCAUCAAAAUGUCAAAACAAGAUCAAGAAAUCAUACAACAAAUGAAGUCGGAAAUUGAUCAAGCAUGGCGUAAUGCUGAUGCAUCGUCACUUCGUGAACAGAUCGCACAAGAAGCAAUGAACGUUUUACGUGAGAAACUGGAAAAGUUGCAAAAGGAAGCCGAGAAAUAUUCUGGAGCUGACAACAAUGAC